AUGAAGCUGUGUUCAGUGUUUGCUGUUGCCGUUGUGGCGGCGAUGGUGGCGGUGUUUGCUGCGCCGUCCUCGGGCUACUACACGGCCAACGUGUUCUUUGUGAACCUGCUGAACGAGACGCUUUCGUUUGGCGGGUGCAGCGGCACGAACGGCACGCUUCCCGUGACGCCACAGUCCAUCAUCCCUGGCCAGGCCACGCGCAUCUUCAUCAACACCACGGAGAAGAUGGAGGAUGUCAGCGGCAUCUGCUGGUGGAGCAUGCGCAGCAAGGUUGCCUGCGAUCCCAACCCUCCUCCAUCGCCGGCCACCUCCUGUCCCUUCAUCACAUGGCAGCGCACCAUUGUCGUUGGCCAGGAGGACAUUGACUGGGAGAUUGAGACUCCCGGCCACUACGGCAUCGGCGACGUCACCCUCACCAAGCGGAUUGGUCACCAGAGCAAGCAGUACUGCAUCUGCAUGCCCACGGAGUCCGACUGCCAGUCGGUCUGCAAGGAGAACUGAGGGCUGAUGCGAAUCAGCAUUGUGGGUUUUGCUGACACUCAGGCUUGCCCUCGCUCGUCAGCACGUUGUUUGCGAUCCCUCAUUCGUUCCCCUUCCCACCUCCCUUUACCCUUCUUUCUCUGGGGCUGCGUUGUCCAGCUCGCUCCCCACCUCCCUUUACCCUUCUUUC